UGUGGCUUUUUUUUACCGUAAAGUGUGACGUUCUUGUCCGGAAUGACAAACACUGAACUUCACAUGGGGACGUAGUAGGACGUUUUUUAAGCGAUUCGCAUCAUUAUUGAUGGUACCAAGAACUUCUCAAUGUCAGUCCCUGCUUUGCUCAUCCUCUAUGGGAGUCAGACUGGGACGGCCCAGGACACAGCCCAGAGGAUUGCCAGGCAGGCCAUCAGAAAGCGCCUGCGAGUGCAUUUGUCGUCACUUGAUGACUACAAUGUUACUAACUUAAUCUCUGAGUCACUGGUUGUUUUUGUCUGCUCAACCACUGGCCAAGGAGACCCUCCUGACAACAUGAAGAGCUUCUGGAGGUUUCUCUUCAAAAAAUCUUUACCAGUUGGAUGUUUGUGUCAGCUGGACUGUGCCGUACUUGGUCUGGGGGACUCUUCUUACCCAAAGUUCAAUUUCGUGGCCAAGAAGCUUUACAAGCGUCUUGCGCAGUUGGGUGCCACUCUGCUGCUGCCGGUUGGACUAGCGGAUGACCAAAAUGACCUAGGGCCCGAUGCAGUGAUUGAUGUGUGGCUAAAAUCAUUUUGGGAAAUAGCGUUUGCACGGUACCCAAGUAUUGCAAAUAUGACCCCACUGAGGGACGAUGAGCCGCUUCCUCCGACGUACACUUUUAAUUUCCUGGAUGAUGUCUAUGAGAAGACGGAUGAUUGUCAAAUAAUUCCCACACAACAAACUGGCCUAUCCCAAUCGCAUCCCUUUCCUGCUAAACUGCUGUCCAAUGAGAGAGUAACGGACCCGAACCAUUUUCAAGAUGUGAGGCUCAUUGAGUUUGACAUCAUGGGGUCCAACAUAGAUUUUACUGCAGGUGAUGUUGUUGUGAUGCGUUCUUGCAAUGCAGCUGAAGAUGUUCAGGAAUUCUGUCAACUAUUGAGAUUAGAUCCAAAGACCCGAUUCUCUCUUACAGCAACAGAUGGCAAAGCGGUUCCUGCGAGGCUUCGUCAGCCGUGCACAUUGCAUUACCUGGUGGAGAGCUACCUGGACAUCGCAGCCGUGCCUCGUCGCUCCUUCUUUGAACUACUCGCCACCUUCUCCAAUGACGAGUUGGAACGUGAAAAGUUGGCUGAGUUCAGCUCAGCUGAAGGCCAGGAAGAACUGCUCGCUUACUGCAACCGACCACGACGUACCGGAUUGGAGGUUUUGGCAGACUUCCCCCAUACAACAGCACAACUUAAAGUUGACUACCUGCUGGAUCUUUUCCCUGAGAUUCAGCCUCGUUCAUUUUCCAUCGCAUCCUCUCUCCGGGUUCACCCAUACAGGCUUCAAAUCUUGGUUGCCGUUGUCAAAUACAAAACCAAGAUGUAUAAACCACGAAGAGGUCACUGCUCCACCUGGCUGGCCUCACUUGACCCCACAAAAGGAGACGUUUACGUGCCUCUCUGGGUAAAAAAGGGAAUUCUUAGGUUUCCCAUGGACAAAAACACCCCAGUGAUAAUGGUUGGACCAGGUACAGGAGUGGCACCCUUCAGGUCAGCUUUACAAGAGAGGAAUGCUGAGGGCAAAAAUGCCAAUGUCCUGUUCUUCGGCUGUCGAUCCGAGUCCAAAGACUUCUACUUCAGGUCAGAGUGGAAGGAAAUGGUCCAAGCUGGACAGUUAACUCUCUUCACCGCCUUCUCUCGUGAUCAGGAGGAAAAGGUUUAUGUGCAGCACUGUUUACGAGAAAAUCCAGGGCUCAUUUGGGACCUAAUAGCAAAUAAAGAGGCCUACUUCUACAUCGCUGGAAAUGCUAAAGAUAUGCCAAAUGGUGUGUGCGAAGCAUUGAAGGCGGUGUUCCAACAAGAGGGAGGACUCUCCGCUGAGGAUGCCGAGAUGAUGUUGGCGUCCAUGGAGAAGUCUGGCAAAUUCCAGAGUGAGACCUGGUCCUGAUCAGCUGCUGUCAGACCUUCGACAUUCACAUUCCACUGCAGCAGCCAUCGCUGCAUGUGCUGUAUUGUGCCAGUACUGAAGCCAUGCAACAUCCUUGUGAGGAGCAUAGGCCAUGUCUAUGCAUUGAAUUAAAAAGUACAAGGUUUAAAAGGAUGCAAUACUAAAACCUGUUAUUGUUAUUCAUCCAACUACCUUUUUCUAUAGUCUGUCGCAGCAUCAAGGCGCUUGAGGCUAUACACACACACACACACACACACACAUACAUACUGCUUGUCCCCACGGGUAACACGGGCGUGCUGGAGCCUAUCCCAGCAGUCAUCAAGCACUAGGUGGGGGACACCGUGAACUGGUUGCCACCCAAUCGCAGAGCACACAGAAACGAAGAACCAUUCACACAUGUACUCACACCUAUGGGCAAUUUGGAGUGCUCAAUCAGCCUAGCAAGCAUGUUUUGGGAUGUGGGAGGAAAUCGGAGUCCCUGGAGACAACCCAUGCAGCCACGGGGAGAACAUACAAACUCCACAAAGGGAGGGUCGGAGGUGGAAUCGAACCUGGACAACUUAGCACGUCCGCCUCACUUCAGUGCAGCAUGGGUGGAAUUGAACCUGUAUCCUCUGAACGAUGAGGCGGACAUGCAAACAUUUACAAAAUCACUUCACUGAACACAUUUGACACCCCACAUACAGAGACUUCUAAAUUCUAUGUAAAACAAGUGUCAACCAUGAGCAACAAAAAUAAAUAUUAAACAAUUGCACCCAUGCUCUCUACCCAUAUUGUAAAAUAAGGUAGCCUCCACACUGCACCAUCAGGAAUUAUUUUCUUUUCCAACUCUUCUAAUUUACCAUAUUUAAUGGUAUUUGAAGUGUUCUGCUUACAAAUUAGGGCGGCUCGGUGGAGCACUGGUUAGCACGUCCGCCUCACAGUUAGGAGGGUGCGGGUUCGAUUCCACCUCAGGCUCUCCCUGUGUGGAGUAUGCAUGUUCUCCCCGGGCCCGCGUGGGUUUUCUCCGGGCACUCCGGUUUCCUCCCACAUCCCAAAAACAUGCUUGGUAGGCUGAUUGAGCACUCCAAAUUGUCCCUAGGUGUGAGUGUGAGUGCGUAUGGUUGUUUGUCUCUGUGUGCCCUGCGAUUGGCAGGCAACUGGUUCAGGGUGUCCCCCGCCUACUGCCCGAUGACCGCUGGGAUAGGCUCCAGCAGUCCCGCGACCCCUGUGAGGACUAAGCGGUUCGGAAAAUGGAUGGAUGGAUGAAUACAAAUAAUCUGAAGAUAUGAUUCCAAGCAAUUUUUACCUCUACACCGCCAUGAUGCAUGGCACUUGAACCAUUAUGUGUAAAUUCAGCUCAACUGUCCACCGGGUCCCUCGCCUUGGGCUUGCAGCCGUAACCCCUGUGGGGAGUACGCUCCCUCGUGCUCGUCGGAACCAACGACUUUCGCCAUGCUAGCCCCGUGGUGACCAUCUGCACGUGCCCCGACAGGGUGCCCGGGACGCUGCUCACACGUUUGCCUGCUUUGUCAUGUUUUCACCGAUUCACGACCACGGUCCAUUGGGCGCCGUUGAACUGGACUGCCCUUACACCCGUCGAUGGACCCCGUAGAGGCUAUUUUGUGUGUUUUGGGGUGUUCUCUUGUAUUGAGGGGUGCUAGUUGGCCGCUGUUACUUUUUUCCCUUUGUCUUUUAGCUUUGAUGGCUUUUAUCUUGUGCACUUUCUGACUUUCUUUGUGGCGCCGUUGUGUGGCAGCCUUAUGAGAGCCUAUUGAGUUGCGCUCAUGCCAUCUGUGUGUCUUUUGUAUACCCAUUCUGUGGUAUGGAUACUGCUGGGGCCUGAAUUUCCCCACCCCUGGGGAUCAAUAAAUAUUCAACCAAUCAA